AUGCUGCGCAGUGCUAGUCUUUUGCUUGUUGCGUCGCUCUUCGCAGCGUUGCCUGUUGACGCCGACGGACUAUACACCAAGAAUUCGCCGGUGAUCCAGCUGGACUCCGUGAGCUACCGCUCGCUCAUUGCGAACUCGAAUCAUACUUCAAUCGUCGAGUUCUACGCGCCUUGGUGCGGCCAUUGCAAGAGCCUCAAACCUGCCUAUGAAAAAGCCGCGAAAAACCUCGACGGACUCGCGAACGUCGCCGCGAUCAACUGCGACGAUGAUAACAACAAACCCUUCUGCGGACAGAUGGGCGUCCAGGGCUUCCCGACUCUGAAGAUCGUGACACCGUCCAAGAAACCCGGAAAACCCCGCGUCGAGGACUACCAAGGCGCACGCAGCGCCAAAGGCAUCGUCGAUGCCGUCGUCGAUCGCAUUCCCAACCACGUGAAGCGCGCAACCGACAAGGACCUGGACAAAUGGCUGGGCCAGAACGAGGACCGCCCCAAGGCCAUCCUCUUCACGGAAAAGGGUACAACCGGCGCGUUGAUCCGCGCCUUGGCGAUCGACUUCCUUGGCGCAAUUGAUAUCGCUCAAGUUCGGAACAAGGAAUCCGCCUCCGUGAAGAAGUUCGGCGUGACCGAGUUCCCGGCGCUUGUCCUCGUCCCUGGCGGCGAUGCUGAGCCCAAGCUCUACACUGGUGAUCUGAAGAAAAAGCCUAUCACCGAAUUCCUGAGUCAAGCCGCUGCACCUAACCCAGACGCGUCCGCUCGCUCCACCUCGAACUCCAAGCCCAAGCCCAAGCCCAAGCCAAAGUCCAAGCCCGCUUCCAAGCCUACCACCGUCGCCGACGACGCUGAAGACCUCGAGCAUACUGCCUCCCAGGAACAAGAUGAAACUGACCCCUCCUCCAAGCCCGUUCAGGUCCCCAUCCCCGCACCCCCAAUUCCCACGCUCUCUACUCCCGAGUCCCUCGAGACAGCUUGUCUGGCUCCGAAGUCCGGCACCUGUGUCCUCGCCAUCCUCCCCGAGGUGAGCGAGGCCGCGCUCCCAGCCCCAGCGACCGAUGCGCUCGCAAGCCUCGCUGAGAUCGGUCACAAGCAUGCCCAGCGUGGCACGCAUCUCUUCCCGCUGUUUGUGGUCCCUGCCAUCAACUCUGGCUCCAAGACCCUGCGUGAGGCAUUGGGAUUGGCUGAUGACCAGACGGUCGAGCUCAUCGCGCUGAACGCGCGUCGCGGCUGGUGGCGUCGGUUCAGCGGUGCUGAUGCGGACUUUGGAGCCGUUGCUGUUGAAUCUUGGAUUGAUGGCAUUCGACUGGGUGAGGGUGCUAAGGAGAAGUUGCCUGAGGGGAUUGUUGUCGGUGUCCAGGCUGAGGCUGAGCCCGAGGCUGAAAAACAGCCCGAGCCGGAAGCUAAGGUUGAGCCUGAAGCUGAGGUCGAAUCUGAAACUGAGACUGUCGAGCCCGAGUCUGAUAUCAAGGCCGAGGAACAAACCGUGGAGCACGAUGAGCUUUGA